AUGAGGUGGCAGCCAUUGCCCAAGAUCGCGCAUGGCAUUGCUGUCUACCCAUUCACACCGUCCCUGCCGACGACUACCACUUCAGCAACGCAUCAAUCACCACAGCAGCAACAGCAACACCAGCAGCAAUAUUUAUCGACAUCGCGACCGACAACAGCUUAUUCGACUAUCCAAUCGCCUCUCUUGUCACCUGAUGCAGCUUCUAUCUACACCAAUGUAUCGUCUUCGUCUUCUAUUCCAGGGUCGUCUUCAGAUUCAGCAGCAACGACGUCGACGAAUCCAGCGGAUUAUGCUUGCUUGAUUCCACUUGAAGUGGGCGAUGAGCUGUUCAUCCUUGAGCAACAAGGCCAAUGGUAUAGAGGCUAUGUUUUAUCGUCUUUGGAGGAAGGCAACAAGGCCAAUACAGCUCCCAUAGGUUGUUUCCCUAGGACGCAUGUGCAAAUCAAAGAAUACAUCGACUUGGAUCCAAAUGAGACCGAUGCUACAGCAGCCUUGGAUCAUCAUCGACUCUCAUUGCUUUAUGCACCUGAUGGCAUUGGUCCUUUAUCGCCAGCAUGGGCAUCUUCUUCUUCUCCACCACCGCCAAUCCCUGCAUCACCUCCACCACCACAACCACCCGAUUUGUCACGUUCAUUAUCCGAAUCACAUAUCAAGACAAAGGAUAUGACAGCUACGAGACAUCCUCCUCCACCUCACCACCACCAUCAUCACCAUCAUCAUCAACGCCAUUCAGUCCUCUUAUGGGAUCAGAUUCAACAACAGCCACGUCCCAAGAGUAUGGUGGAUAGAGUGGGUGAAGAAGAAGGUGACGAUGUAGUCAAGCCAAGACGAGCUACACCACCCUCUUUGAUGCUUGCACGAUUCGAUCAAUCAACAAUUACAGGGAGCUCUGAGCCUUUGGUGGAUGAGAUUGGUGCCUGUGUGAGCGAAUGGAAUUGCUUGUUAUACAAGUACUUGGAUGAACGACGCUAUGCUGCAUUCAAUUCGGUGCGUGAUCAUAUCAAUUACUUGUUUCAGGCACGACGUCAAUUGUUGGAUCAGGCCUUGUCAAAGGAAGAAUUGUCGCGAUUACGCAAGGAGAUCAUUCAUCGCAUGGUCAUGCUCAACUUGUCACAGCAUCGAGAAAUGAUCAUUCGACAUCCUGAACGAGGUUACAUCCUGGAUGCCAACAGCACUUCAUUGCCCAUGUUGCUAAGGAUGCAUUGGAAAUAUGCACUUGCUGAACAUAUUCCACUCACAAGCUCGUUCCAAGUCGUGUCGCGUCCUUCGAUCACACCAUCCGCCAAAACGCCUUCAUCCUUGGAUCCUGCUACUGCUGGUGGUGGUGGUAGUGCAACAUCCACAAGCAAUACGACAUCAUCGCCAACGACAUCACAACAGCAACAACAACAAUUGCCAUCAGCUGCACCAGCACAACAUGCCUCAUCACACAAAGGAGCCAAGUUCCAUCACUUGUUUUUCGAGUACAAGGCGUGUGUUGCUCAUAUUUGUCAACCGGGCGAAUUUACAGAGUUGUACUUUUCAUUGUACAGUGCGGCUGAGAAUCGGUUCUUGACGGAGCCAUUUCAAGUGGUGUUGACAUUCAAUGGGAUGCCUACGGAUGAACGUCAAAUUGGCAAGUUGCAGACUUUAUUUGCGGAUCUUUCGGCACAUGAUUUGAAUGAUCAUUUGUAUCUGGUCUGUCGUAUUGUACGAUUGGGCAAUAUGAAGUACAGUGACAAGGAAAAGGAUACAUUGGGUACGAUUGGAAGUCAUGCAUCUUUGUUCUUUGGUGGUGGCGGUGGUAGCAGCAACAACAACAACAGCAAUCAUCAUCAUCACGAGUCGACGACAUCAGCAUCACAACAGCAUCGCGGCAACAGCAACAAGUAUCAGCCAUCAGCAACACGACGACCUUUUGGAUGUGCCGUAUUGCAUUUGGGACCCUUGUUGGAAAAGGAGGAUCAAUCACCGGGUGGAACAGCUGAACUUUUAUCACCUGGUGGCACCAAUACCAUGGGAGCUGGAGGAUCUGUAAGUAGUAGUACCGGUAGCAUCAGUGGCGCAAGUAUCAGUGGUACUCCGACUACGAGUGGUGGUGGUGUUGGUGUUGGUGGCAGCAAUGGUUCAAUCGCAGGCGUCGAUGGUGGUGUUGGUGGCGUUGGAGCAAGUGCAUCAGGGACAUCUGCUGGAACGGCUGGUGGUGGUGGAUUCAAGCAUAUUACACAAGCUGAGCAUGACAUUCCGAUUUACACGGCUGCCUCUGAAUCGACAUUUGCGACAUUGCAUGAAGAUAUCAUUGCUCACAACACCAAGGAUUAUGUCAAGAAUCCUCGUGCUGAGACAUUGUGCGUGUCGUUGCGUAUGUUUUUCGGUCAAUUGGAUGAUGUCCUCAAGACGAAUGCUGCUCUGCUACAAGAUGUGCCACGUACGCUACGUCUUGGAUUUCCGGAUGUGGCGUUUCCGGAUGAUACACGUAAUGAAUUGUACAUCACAUUGAAUGCUGGCGACUUUGUACAAUUCGCAUCACGAUCCAAGAAUAUCCAAGUGACGCUGUGUGCACGUGACAAUGUAUCGGGUGAAGUGAUUGAGAAUGCCUUGUCAGCUGGUGCUGGUGCGCCCUUCACAACGUAUUGGGAUAGCACUGUUUUCUAUCAUGAGCAACGGCCACGAUGGGGCGAGACACUCAAGUUGCAAAUGAAGGAUCAUCGAUUAUGGGAGCGAGUGCAUUUGUUUUUCACUGUACGACAUCGCAGCAGCCACAACACAGGAGGCAGUGGAUCAUCAAGUGAAGGCAGCAAUGAUAAGGUCAUCAGUAUGGGUUUCUUACCCUUGUUCCUUCCACCAGCACAUCGAUACUUUGUGGCGGAUGGGACACAUACACUCACCAUGUACAAGUAUGAUCGACAAUUGACACAUCCUCGUAUAUACUUGGAUAAUGUACCAUGGUGUUCAAGAUCUUCAGCUCCUUUCAAUAUGCAACAACAGCAGGCUCAAGAUUUGGUAUCAUCAUCAUCCCCUGUGAGUGGUAGCAGUGGUGGUGGUGGUGGUGGUGGCAACAAGGCUAUGGGUAACAAUGGUGGCAGCAGCGGCAAGCAUUCAACAUCGAUCUAUAGCCUCAAGAAUGCGAAUCGCACUUACAGCUCGACAUCCAUCCAACACAGCACAAGUAGCAACAGCGUCACAUCGGAAUCGCAGUAUUCUUUUACGGAUGCUGCAGCUGCAGCGGCAAAGUUGAGCCCGGUGAAGGACACAUUGACAGUGACAACAUUUUUGUGUUCGACACGCUAUACACAAAAUGAGACAUUGGUCAAGUUGCUGAAUUGGCGUUCUGUUUUGGUGAAUGAAUCCAAUGAUGGUGGAUAUGACGAGCUGCUUCAGAUCCUUGACAAGUUUUCAUUUGUGGGCGAGAUGGAAGUGGUCAAGUUUUUGAAUGACAUUUUCGAUGCAUUGUUGGAUAUUUUGGUGUAUCGACAUCGGGAUUCGAAGCGUGGUGAACGCGUGUGCGACGAGGCAUUGGGUGCUAUUAUUUGGGUACUUGGCAUUGUACAAGAUCGGCGUUUCAGCAAUUUCAGGCCCGUGCUUGAUGUCUAUGUGGAGCAACGAUUUGCAACAGAUGAAAAUACAUCAGCCAGGCUUGAACAUCAGCAUCAACGACGAUGGCGACAACAGCAGCAGCAUCUUGGAUCGACAAGCCGAGAUGAUUUGGUCUAUGAGCAUAUGCUCAAAGGGAUGUUGCGGCUAUGUACCAAUCCAAGUGAGCCGAGAAAAGCCAAGCGUCUACGCAGCAGCAUGAAGGUGUGGGAAUACAUGUUUCGGUUUAUGGUGCGGUCACGAGCGAUGCAGCAACAACGUGAAGAGGAGGGUGAGCGUGGAUUGCGUGAUAUCAUGUUUCAGGAGGAAUUGCAGCAGCUGCUCGACUUGAUUGGUGCUAUGAUGAGUCCGGAUCAACCUAGCGUCAUGAUUGGCACACAAACAUUGGCACUUCAGCACUUUGCGGAUAUCCUUGGUGAAUUGAGGCGCGUUUUUACACCACGGCAAUUGGUUGAUAUCACUACAGGAUUUGUCAAUGGAUGUGCACACGUGACUGGAAAAUUGGUUGGCUAUCGAUUAUGCAUGAUUCUCGCCAUUGUACGUGGGCCUGUAUUCAAUGAUCACACCUGUCGUUCGGGAUUGGCCAAGAGUGUGUUCAAAUGGAUUACGGUGUGGCUCAACUCUUACAUGGCAGCAGCCAAGAAUGUCAUUUUCUCAAGGCAGCAUGAUUCGGAUGCGGUUGUGGAACAUCAACAAAUGCGGUUGCCACGUGUACAAUGGCUUGAGUAUUUACGCUUGUCAUUGACCAUCAUCAGCGAGGUGCUUGACAAGGUGCGAAAGUUGUCAGGGAUGACAUCGCUUGGUUUAUCUUCUGGAUCCAUGUCGCCAUCAUUGUCAACAUUGUCAAGACCGAUUUCCAUGGCAACCAGUGGUGAUGAAGAUACGGCUACGCUUGAAGAAUCCUAUCAGCAGCAAACAGAGCUCAUGACCACCACAGAGAUUGCAUUGCAGCUUGUACCACAGCUUUUGAAUGCCUACAAGGAUCUGCAACGGUUGACUAUUCAAGCUAUUCAUGCCUCGGGAAUGGGUGUUGCUGAUACAUCAUCAACAAUCACCAGCGGUGGAGCAUCACAAGGAGGUGGUCGUACAAGUUCAAGGCAUUCGUUGAGUGUGUUGCGUGAUCGAUCGAGUUCAAUGACACUAAAACACUCACCCUCCAUGAUGAGCAGCAGUGGUGGUGGUAGCGGUGCUGGUGCUGGUGCUGGUAGUCAUGGUGGCUCGACAACAACGACUGAAGGUCCUGGUGGGUUCUCUGUUGUAUUGCAAGCAUUGGCAACAUCUCCAACAACACCAUUUCCAUCGACAUAUCCGUUUCAAGCAACUUCGCUAAAGAACAAUCCUUCAGUGGUGGCAACCGGCAACCUUGCUGCUAUGGUGACAACGGGCUUGUUCGAUAUCACGGUGGUAUUGUUGGAAUUGUUUCAUUUGACGCCUCAACAGCAAUGGGUGGAUUUCUUAUGCAACAUGUAUGAGAAUGAUGGUGCAGAAGCUAUGGCAUCCUUUUUGCGACAAGUGGUACACGUAUGUAUGGCUAUGCUAUUUGGUGACAGCGUGCAGCGAUUGGAUGAAUCACAUGCCAAGGAUGACAGCAUUCACCAUGAACAAGAUGAGGCGGCUGAUACACGCAAGUUACCAGAUACUUGGCUCAAUUUGUCAGUGAUUGCACACAAGAUUGUAUUGUGCGACAUUCUCGGACCUGCAGUGGCUGUAUUUGAUUUACCAGGCUUACGCACGGAUCAUCAUACUGAGGAGACUGUCAUUGAGGAUUUGUGGCGUACAUUCUUGGUCGGUUUGUUGCGUGUCAUGUCAAGUCCACGUUUGGAUAUCGAGACAUUCUUGCCACAAACGCAGCGAGUUGUAUGGAAGCUGGCAGACAACAUGAAAGGUGCUGUGGGUGCAAAGAGUCUUAUGACAUUGUGGCGUUUGGCUGGACCCAAGGUGACAACAACAACAGCAGCAGCAAGUGUUCGACAAGUGAAUGGAUAUUCGUCAAAUGACACGAUUGAAGAGGAGCGGUUUAUCUCAGCGGAUGAAGGAGAGGAUGAUGACAUGGAGAACACGGCUACUGGAAACGACAUUCAAGUACAAACGCGGCAAUUGAACGAUGAGAAACAAGCUGAUGGUGAUCAACAAGAGGCGACAACAACAUUGAAUGGCUCACCACCCUCUUCUUUGCAACUUUCACUUGUCCCGGUGAUUCUACGUCCAUUGUGUGGCACAAGUUUGACUUUGCAUGACAAGGUGCGGGCGACAGCUGUCAACAUUAUGGCUGAUAUCAUUGCUAUCGAGUUGCAGACAUUUGGCGAGUUAUCACGUGUUCAAAACUUGUUGAUCAGCACGAUUGAUUUGCUUGUGAUGAAUGAGAACAAGGGCAAUGACAGCAUCAAGGUCAAAUUGAUUCCAGAGUUGUAUGAAGCACUCGAAAGGAAGUUACGGGCUCGAAAGGUGGAUGAUGUGUUCAUUGACACUGGUAGCAAGCUGGUGGAUUCCUUGUACAAGUUUUUGGAUUUGCUGCUCAAGAUUCGAGGACUGCCAUUGGACAAUGAUGAGUUUGUUGAGGAUCGUAUCAGUGCUAUGCUCAAGUUGAUGGAAUUUAUUCAAGUGAUCAAGCGUGAGGAUAUCUACAUCAAGUAUGUGCAUCAGCUUGUUGGGAUGCAUGUUGACAGCAGCAACCAUGUCGAAGCCGCCUUGACCUUGCAGCUACAUGCCAAUCUUAUUGCUUGGGAUCCACACGAGGAAUUGGAAGCGAUUCAUGACUUGAACUUGCCGGCACAAAGUGCGUUUGCACGUAAGGAGCGAUUAUACAAGGAGAUGUUGGCGUAUAUGGAGAAAGGUAGUGCAUGGGAGUUGUGCAUCAAACUAUGCAAGGAGCUGGCAGCCGAGUAUGAGUCCACCUUGUUUGAUUACACCAAGCUGAGCGAGAUCCUGCAACGACAAGCUCAAUUUGCUGAGGACAUUGCCAAAAAGGAGCGUUACUUUGCCGAGUACUUUCGUGUGGCGUUUUAUGGUCGUGGAUUUCCAUCAAGUGUGCGGCAUCAGCAAUUCAUUUAUCGUGGUCUUGAAUGGGAGAAGAUGGCAUCAUUUGUGGAACGCAUGCAAAAUCAGCAUCCGAAUGCACAGCUAUUAUCUGGGAAAUAUGCAACAGCGACUGUAUUGACGGAUGAGCAGCUGCGUGAACUUGACAAUGAGGUGGAUGCUCAAUAUUUGCACAUUACAGCUGUCACUGCCGAACCAAGCAACAUUGAUAUCCUCGAGAAUCCACUUGUGCCUGACAAUAUCAAAAAGUAUUAUGCAUCCAACGAUGUAUGGCGAUUUUCCUAUUCACGACCUUUCAACAAGGGUGCUACGAUGCAGCAAGAACCACCAGAUGCUAGCAAGCCUGAGAUUGACUUUUUGAACUUGUGGACGAUGAAGACCGUGUUUACAUGUGAAGAGUCAUUUCCAUCCACUGCUCGUCGUUCCAAGGUGGUGUCGGUUGAAGAUUUGGAGAUAUCGCCUAUUGAGAAUGCUGUUUUAGCCAUGGAGAACAAGAAUGCCGAGUUGAUGGCGCUUGAACGCAAGUAUGCAGCCUAUCUUACACAACGCAGCAAGCAAUCCAAUGUACAAGUCAAUAUCAGCCCAUUCUCUAUGGCACUUAAUGGUGCAGUGGAUGCUCCUGUCAAUGGUGGUGUUUCCUUGUACAAGAAGGCGUUCCUCACGGAUUGGUAUUGGGAAAAGAAUCCGGAUAUGAGAUCAUGGGUUAGGCGACUCAAGACGGCUAUCAAUGAGCAGGUUGAGAUUAUUGAGCAUUGUUUGGAGAUCCAUCGACGAUUGGUGUCACAUGAUAUGCGUCCAUUCCAUCGUACACUUGUUGAUUUCUUUAAAAAGAACUUCAAGGAUGAGAUUGAAUACCUUCACAAGUACAAAGACAGCCAUCGACAACAAGAAAGCGAGCAUCCAUUAGAUGGUGGACAUGCCAUGGGAACCAGCAGUAGCACAACAACCAUUGGUAGUGGCAGUGGCAAUGGUCUCAAUACUCGCUCAGCAUCCAUAACAGGAGGUGGUGGUAGUGGAACUGGAGGAGGAGGAGCAGCAGGAGGAGGAGUGUCACCCCUAUCACGCGAAUCGACUCAGGAACGACCUGCAUUGACACGACAAAACUCGGCUACCAGCUCGAUUGCCAGCAGUUUACCACCUUCACUUCCAAUGUCACCCGUAUUUUCCACCAUGCGAUCCCCACCACCACCAUCUGAUGUACGUCCAGCAAGUAUGAUGAUGGAUUUACCCACUCCUUCCGAAUUACCCGAACCAGCUAUUCCUCCUUCACGUGCCGAAACUCUCUCACGAAGUCUCAAAAUGUCAUUACGAAAGAAGAAACGUCCACAAACUUAA